AUGGAACCUCUUUAUGCCCUCUUGCUUGUGGCUGGAGGAGUCCCGAUAACUAUUCUGCUAUUGUCGUUUUUGGCGGCAAUUUAUUAUGAUGUCUCCUGGACCAGGAUUCCCCCUGAGUUUGAUCAUCCACUAAAGCUUCGAAUAAUCUUCUGGCUCUUUAUUAUGACAUUCAUUGCGGGGAAGACUUGUGAAUUCUUGGGCAUCUGCAAGCAGGUUGAGUUCAUCCGCUUCAUAAUCCGUUUCAGAAAGGUCAAAUUGGAUCCACGUCUGUUUUCGAAAGACCUGCUUUUCAAUGGGGUGCCUGUCCGAGUUUACCAGCCUAAAGCGCCCUCUCCUGGUCGGAGGAAAGGAUUGCUGCUCUUUCAUGGGGGAGCAGGCCAGAUUGGAAGCAUUGAUUUAUAUCAAGACAUUAGCAAUAAAAUUGCCACGGCUGCUGAUACAGUGGUUGUAUCUGUUGGCUAUGGCUUAUCUCCUGAGCAUCCUUAUCCUGCUCAGUACAAAGACUGCCUUACAGCCACUAUACACUUCCUACAAAAUGCGGAGGUCUAUGGGGUGGAUCCUUCCCAAGUUGUCAUCUGCGGGGACAGUGCAGGAGGUAAUUUUGCAACCGUCGUAGCCCAAAAACUGACGGAGAGACCCGAUCUUCCCAAGCUACGGGCUCAAAUUCUGAUCUAUGCUGGUGUCCAAGCGAUGGACUUCAACCUACCUUCUUAUGUGCAGAACUCUGCCAUGCCACUCUUGUCCCGGGAAAAUACAGUUUAUUUUGGCCUGCAGUAUUUCAUAAAGGAUCUGUCUCUGCAAGGUGAGGUCCUGAAGGGUUCUCAUGUGCCCGAUGAUUUCAGGCUGAAAUAUGGAAAGCGAGUUAGUGUUGAUAACCUUCCCGAGAGAUUUAAGCGCCAGGGCCACGGACAAGUGCCACUUGCUCCUUACAAGCCUGAAGUGUACAAACAGGUUCCAGAGCUGUUACAAGUCACCUUUUCCUCAAUUUUUGCUGAAGACCAUAUCAUUAAACAGCUCCCUGAAACGUUCAUUGGAACCUGCGAGUACGACGUAUUUCGAGAUGACAACCUGUUGUACAAGAAGCGGCUGGAGGACUGCGGGGUGAAAGUCAGUUGGUUCCAUGCUGAACAAGGGUUUCAUGGGGUGCUGAAUUUUACUGACUUUAGAUUUUUAUCCUUUCCUGCUGGGGUUGAAAUGCUGGACCAAAUUGUAGCCUUUGUCAAAGGUUUAUGAGAGAUUUCCUUGUCACGGUUUGUGACAGCCACAACAGGCAACAGUCCAUGCUGGGCCUCACACACAGAGGCGAUCAUAUCAACGUUCACAAACACUUCACAAAUGUGUAAUGAUUGUAUCUUUUUUCUUUUAAGGCAAUAUCUCUGGUAGCAUCAGGAUUUAAUCUAGGAUUUUUUUUAAAAAAAACUUGCAGGUUAAGAAGAGCACUUCAAAAAUCCUGAAAAUUUUCAGCCAUGGCUUAACAUCUGUGC